AUGACUGAGCUUGCGCGCACCCUGCCAGCUUCUUGGUACUGCAGCCCUCCGCUUUAUCAGCUUGAGCGGAGAGCUGUGUUCAUGAAGUGUUGGUACCUACUUGGCCCGGUAAGCCGAUUCCGGAAUAUCGGAGAUCAAGUCGAGUAUGAAAUAGCUCAGCAACAAAUUCUCGUCUCUCGAAUCUCCGGGGACACUCCUUUCCCUGAAUCAGGCGAGAUCGAGGUUGUUUGCGCAAAGACUGGACGACCACGUCGCUGCCAUGUCACUCCCACUGGCCUUGUCUUUGCUACUGUGUCGGAUGAAGCACCAAGUUUCCAGGAGUAUUUCCCGGACUUGGAGCCGUUACUACAGAAAGUGGACUUUACCAAACGACCCUACAGGCGAAGUAUAAAAUACGAAGGGCGCUUCAACUGGAAGACAAUGGUGGAUGGCUAUCAGGAAUGCCUGCAUUGCCAAUAUACGCACCCGUCGUUCUCUGUGUAUUAUCCGCCAACUUUCUACAAGGUCCACAACCACCAGAAUUUUUCGCAGCAUAUUGCAGAUCCGAAAAAGCCAGAUGAUGGACUGUUUCUCUAUUUCUUCCCGAACUGCACUCUGAAUGUUUAUGGGGGAGGGAUGUCGUCUUUCCGAGUCUGUCCAACGGAGGAUCCAAACAUCACCAGAAUGGAAUUCGACUAUUAUCAUUUGGAAUCUGGCGACAAAUUUGAAGACUAUUUCAAUUUUGUCCGGCAGGUAGCCAUGGAAGACUACGAGCUCUGCGAAAAAGCGCAGGGCAACCUUGAACAAGGAGUCUAUAGUGAGGGGAUACUGAACCCGGAGAAAGAGAACGGCGUUUCCUAUUACCAGGAUCGAGUCUUCGAGAUGGUGUGUGAGCAACACAUCAUUGAUAGGUUGGACCACAUCUCUCUCGACUCUACCGCCGACGGUCACGAGAGGAGUCUUGAAGCUGCUGCGUGA